CUAUUGAUAUAUUUUUUUAAAAGAUUCUGGCAGUUCGGUCCGUCUUCGCUUGCAUAGGAUAGGACACCACUAAUUGAAGAAAAAAAAGUUCGAGAUCGAAUCAAAUUUUGUGAUAUUUAUUACGCGUAUUAAAAUUAUUUAAAAAUCUUAAGCCAUGGGUCACGGACACCAUGAGCCUCCGUACACAAUUCCCUCAUACAAGGAGUUCAAGAUCGACGGGAUUCCUCAACUGCAGGAACUUGAAAGAGCUUUGGCUCAGAAAGGCCUGAAGGACCCUUGGAUCAGGAACGAAGCGUGGCGUUACAACCCUGGAUUCGGUACGCGCCUCGCCCGCGCCCGCGUGCUGUUCACGCGAGGCAUGCCGCUCGGCAUCGUCCUCGCCGCCGGCACCGCGUUCCUCACCAAGGCCUUGUCAGACGAUGACCACCACGGCCAUGACGGAGGACACCACUAAGAUCAAAUAUGUUGUAUAGCGAAACUAAAUUAUAUGUACCUAUAGUUGUUUAA